UUAGUCAAAAUAGUUAAUCAUUUCAGGGGGGUUUUGUCAACUCAAAAAUUAGGUAUAAUGUCAUUUAAAUUAGUUUUUUUGACCAUGAAUAAAAAAGUGUCGGAAAAAGCGAAUGAAACGUCAGAAAAAAAGUGCCAGAUAAAGUUAAGUUUUAAUUUUGACCCGGUGUUCUGACGAUCUAUGCUGCCUUGUCGAAAAACGCUACCGUAGCGCAAAUCGAUAGUAGAGUCUAUCGAGUCGCGCUGCCCUAUCGAAAUGUGCUUCCUUAUGUGUUCCCAUUUCCAAUUGUGCAGGCAGGCUGAAUCCCAUAGAGGUAUAGCUCUAACAGUAUUGACAUCUUAUGUUUAUUUGAGAAUAUUUUGAUACUCCAUUAUAUAUUUAUUGAAUAUUUCAGUGGUAGCAUAUUCUGAUAUGACAAAUAUACCCUAUCAAAUAAUGCUCCCCCAACAGAAUAAUUAUAUAUUGCACCACUACUCACUCCAUGUGCACUGUAAAGAGAUAAGGAGCAUAUUUUGAUAUUCUAUUAAAUUAUAUUUGUUGAAUAUUUCAGUGGUAGCGUAUUCUGAUAGAAAAAUAUACCCUAUCAAAAGGCACAAUGAAUAAAUGAUUUAUUAGAUAUUACUCCAUCAACCACAGUAUCGACCACAUGUCCGACCGCAAGGAUGCAUAGAUUUAUGGGCGGGGAAUCAGACCACGCUUGUGGGUCGUGCGCAUGCGCAGAACCGCUAAGUAGCACAUUUCGAUAGGUAGCAUAGAUCGACAGAACACCGGAAGGAAGUUCAUGGUGGACGGGAACAUAGAUAUACAUACGGGAAAACAACACAAGGGUAAAGGAAAAAAAGUAUCGUUCACAACCUUUGCAAGUUAAUUCUACAAUAGGAUGAGGAAUUCAAGCCCUCUCGUAUAAUAAUCGUCUGUAGUUAUUUGCAAAAGCCCUGGCCAGCCUGGGGAAGUCAUUCAGGAAGUUUUGACUUACCAGCGAGGACAAUGCUUUUACCAUUUUUUAUAAAGAACAGUCGCUUUUGUUCUCUUUCUGCACAUCUGACGUUAAACGUCCAGGUGUGCAAACAAGCUGGGCGUCCUGUGAAAAAGGCACAUUCCGUGUCUUGUCCUAUCAGCUGUCCCAGAACAACAGACUGGGUUCACUUUAGAGCCACUCCGAGGGCACCGCCUCUCUGGUUCUGCAGCAAUGGGAGGACGGCGUGUUUCCAGAUUAGUCCCAAGACCACUUUACCUCUGCAUCCUGGUCCUGUCCUGGCACAGUGUGGACAUCUGUUCCACACCUCAGCCCCCGUGAGGGCCCCGCCUGCUCCUCUCAUAUGGCUGCUGCUCAAACCUUUGCAGAAGAUCAUGGCUAUAAUACUGGGCAGGAGUAUAAGGAAGUGGUGGGUGGCUCUGCCAGCCAACCGCCGGCAGCUCCUGCGCGAAUGGGUCCGGCAGCGUCGCUGGCAUCUGGCAGCGGGGGCAGGCGUUGCUAUGGUGAUUGUAGCCCUUUUUCUCCUGACCCACCUGGAUGAGUCCCCAGUGACGGGACGGACCCGCCUCCUGUUGUUCAGCAGAGAGAACUACAUGGAGCUGGCAGCUAUGACCUCAGAGGCGUACAUGGAGGAGUUUGCAGAGCUGUUGGUUCCAGUCACUGACCCUCGCCACCAGGUGGUGGAGCAGGUGGUGCAGCACCUGGCACAAAGAAACAAGGACAUCCCUGAAGUGUCUGAAGUCACCUGGAGCAUCCACGUGGUGCAAAGUCCCGACGUCAAUGCCUUUGUCCUACCGAACGGGAAAGUGUUCAUUUUUACGGGGAUGCUGGACGCUGUGGCGGAUGUUCACCAGCUCACCAUCGUCCUGGGACACGAGAUGGCUCAUGCUUUAUUGGGACACUCGGCAGAACAGGCCAGUCUGUCUCAUGUCGUGGACCUCCUGUCCCUUAUUCUGCUGACAGCCAUCUGGGCCGUGUGUCCUCGAGACAGCCUGGCUCUGCUGGGACAGUGGGUACAGGGCAAGCUUUCCCAGUUGAUGUUCAGCCGUCCCUUCAGUAGGAAACUGGAAGCAGAGGCUGAUCAAGUUGGAUUGCAGUUGGCUGCGAAGGCGUGUGCAGAUGUGCGAGCAGGGCCUGUAUUCUGGCAGCAAAUGGAAGUCAGAGACCAGCUGACAGGAGAGCCCACCUUCCCCGAGUGGCUGUCCACACACCCGUCACACAGAAACAGAUUUGCUCAGCUGGACCGCCUCAUACCACAGGCUCUGGAGUUGAGGGAGAGCUGCGUCUGCCCUGCUCUACCUCCUAUUGACCCUCGUGUCGUCUUCUCCAAGAGCGUCCGUGUGUUGCUGGAAAACGCUAAGCACCAGGAGAGAGAAGGGCCAGAAGGGGCACGCGAGCCCCGCCUGCCCCACAGCCCGGUUUCACUCCCCACUGGAUUGUCCACGGCUCUGCUUACCCAGUCUGCCCUCCUUCAUUACCCAAAUGUGGAUCAAGAAAUUAAAGGCCCCGUCCCUUCCGUAGCUUCAGCGUUAGCGGUAACAGCCUCUGUCCCUGCUCCUGCCGAGGGGGAGGGACCCCACCCUAUGGUGCAGAGCAUCAGCUGACAGUGGUGUUUAAAUCCAGACUAACUGGCUUUUUUGGAUGAGUGAAUGAGUCAGUGAUUAUGUUGGUCAGCUAGCAUAUCCAUCAACCAUUUUCUGCUGCUAAAUGUUUGAUGGACAGGUGGUAAAGUGGUAAAGUUUCCUCCUACCAUUGCAGAGACCUAGGGUUAGUCCUUUUCUCUGCACCAAAGACUCCUUCUGUUUGCCAGCACAAUGGAGGGUGGAGCUGGGGAUGGUACUGUGAAAACAAUUGGCUUUGGAGAAAAUUAGUGGAAAAAGUCAGCAAAAAAAUAGACUGUAUGAUCUAUAUUAACUAUAACUGAAUUCAAGACCCCUCCUAACCUUUCCCUCUACCGCAACACCCUGCUGACUGAGCUUCACAUUCAGUUAUUCAUGCCUAGUAACUACAUAGAUGCCACAUUAAUUAAAUAACCUCGAACAGGAAAAUGCCAAAUGAAUCUUAGUGAAGCUUCCAUACAUUGCCAGAUUAAUAUGUGCAUUAUUCAUCGACACAUGGCAACAGAGUAAGCACUUUGUGUGUGCAUGUUGGAGGCUUCGUGCAUGGCAGGCAGAGGACAUCUACAUUUUAAUUAUGACUGCUACAUUUUCAUGCCCCACACACAGCACUUUAUGCAUUUUCUACCAUGAGGGACUUAAUGGUGUAAAUUUAUGCCGGGUUGUACGCAGGUUUUUAAAACACAGCCUUCUGCACAGGAAUGCCAAUAUCCACCGUCAAGCUUCGAGAAAUCUUCCAUGGGAUUUUGUAAAAUCUUAUUUAACAAGGCAAGUUGACUGAGAAAACAUUCUUAUUUACAACAACAGCCUGCGGGAGCAGGCGCACAAUAAAGAGGAGGGAACAGUUAUGGUUCAUAUCUUGGUAAUUGUGUGUGUGUGUGUGUGUGUGUGCGUGUGUGUGUGUGUGUGUCACAAAGUAGCACACUUGGUUAAACUGUGAAAUCAAGAAAGAAUUGUGUUUUCAUAUGGGAUAAAUAAUUUGUUGUGUCAUUGAAAUUUAGGUUCAGGGUCUGUAUCGGCUUACAUAUCAGACAACAGCUUACUUGUGCUGUGAAAGCUUUGUUUUACAACAACUGUCUGUAUAUUAUAAUAAUUGGCCAGUGAUAGGGUUUCCACAGAAAUGUGCAAUAAAAAGCCAAGGGAAUAUUGUUUUUUGCAUAUCAAUAACUCAGCAACAGGAACGUGCUCUGUUUCCAAG